UCCGUGGUGUCGGUUGACUGUUGAACAUUCUCGGCAGCGUCUCUCUCGGUGAGCAGCGGCCAGUCGACCGUCGGUCAGCGAGUGUUUCCUGGUGCCUGGAGGACUCAUUUAACGGAUUAGGAGCCGAGCGGAGGCGGCGGAGCGGCGUCAGAGUAAAAUACGGGGCUUCCUCUUCCUGCAUUGUGACGUCAGACCUCACCACACCCGUUUCACCUGCAGCUGAAGGCAGAACAAGGGUGAAAAUAUUCAGCAAAUAUUCAGCGAAGAAGAAUAAGAGGAGAACUGGUCCUCACUGAUUCUGGUCCAUCAUGGACCAGUGAAGUCUUUCACACCCUGCAGGUUGAAGGCAAUGUUUUUGGGAGCUAGAGGCCGAAGCACUGUCAGCAGAGUCUGUGUGGGGCCCCUUCUCUCCCUCCUCCCCAGCACCCCUCCAGACAUGGGAUGCCAGCCCCCUGCCCCACAGCCCUGAGCUCUCCUGGGGAGCCAUGAACAACUACAGAGACAGAGGGGUCACUUGCACCUCCUCGGACCUUCUGGAUGGAGGAGGAGGAGGAGGAGGGGUGUUGCCCCAGCACACUCCAUUUCGUCACACCCCCAAUGGCCACCCAUUCCUCACAGACCUUGCCAUCCUGCCACGCAUGUCCGUGCCCAAGAUGGGCGUUCGAGCGCGGAUCGCGGAGUGGCCUCCGCGUCGUGCACAGUCCCGAGAGUCGCUCAUUGAGAAUGGGCAAAUUGGCAGCAAUCACUAUGGAGACGACUGCUCCACCUCACUUUCAUCAUCUCUCUUGUCAUCUGAUGUCGGGUUGGUGCGGGGAGGAGUCGCAAGGUUGCCACGACGACGGUCAAGGGAUGAGUUCAGGGUCGGGGGCUUUGGAGGAGAAAGAGGUUCACCUUUGAGUCUGAGAGUUUUCCCACCGUUACGACAGCGCUCCAACAGUGAAGUGACGCUCAGCGAGCAGGAUGAGAAUGAGGUGGAGACUCGUGGAGGUGGUGGGAUGGGGAUCCUGUUCAGAGAGUACGGCAGCACCUCCUCCAUCGACAUCCAGGGCAUCUCUGAGCAGAGCUUCUUCGACAUGCUCAACCAGUUCCACCAGGAGAGGCCUGACCAGCGCAGCUCAGCACCCGUACGCCUCGGGGAGCUGCUGCGUGCUCCAGACUCGCCACCAAGUGCACCGCUUCCCUCUGCUCCAUCACCUGGUCCCACAGGUGGAGACGACAGAGGGACAGGAAAGAAGGACGGAGCUGAGAGGGUGAGGAAGAAAAGUGGAGGCACGGAGUCGUCACUGGGCACCUCGUCUUUGUUCAGGAAACUUCGCAGCUCGAGCAGAGGGGAGCUGGACGGAGGAAAAGGAGAGACUAAUGACGGUUCAACAGAUGGCUCCUACAAACAGUGGGUGUGCCCAAAGAGCUUUGUCCACUUUGACGCCCAGAGCAUCCUGUUUGACCUCCACGAAGCGGCGGCUCAGCGGGGCUAUGCCACCCAGAGGAGGAACACUGCCACUGGGGCAUCAGCUGCCUCAGUGUCCCUGUCCAUCUCCAGGUCCUCUGCUCCUAGUGCGAACGAGCCAGUUUACUCCAGCAUUGAAGACCUGACUAUGAGCCUCGAACCUGCCACAACACCCUCCCUGAGCAUGGACCCUCUGGAUGGCCCACUUGGAGCCCCCAGCUCCAGCCAAUUGCUCCUCUGCUGCCCACACUUCCUCAAUGAGAUCGGGGGCCACGGGGAGCGCAACAUCAGCUUCCUCAGCUCGUCAGCAGAGCGAGGAGGAGAUGGAGGAGGAGAGGGAGGAAGAGGGUGGCUGAGGAGGAGUAAUGCCAGCGUCUCAGUGCUGGAGGUGCCUAUUGAACAGCAGGUUACAAGACUGGACAGACUGAAACUGUACAGCAUAGAACAUGUAGACCUGGGGGCCAGGUACUACAGAGACUACUUCCAUGGCAAAGACCACUCUAACUACUUCGGGACAGACGAAAAGCUGGGACCAGUGACUGUGAGCGUCCGCAGGGAGAAACUGGAAGACACCAAAGACCUGAAAGACCAGUACCUGUACCGCCUCAUCGUCAGGACAAGCGAGUUGGUGACCCUGCGAGGCUCCAUUUUAGAGGAUGCAGUGGCGUCUACGGGGAGACACGGCACGGUGCGGGGUCUGCCGCUCAAAGAGGUCCUGGAGCAGGUGGUUCCCGAGCUCAGCGUGUCCUGUUUGAGACUGGCUCUCAGCACACCCAAAGUCACAGAGCAGCUCCUAAAGCUGGAUGAACAGGGGUUAAGUCAGAAGCACAAGGUGGGAGUUCUGCUGUGCCGCGCAGGCCAGAGCACCGAGGAAGAGAUGUACAACAACGAGGAGGCGUCACCUGCCUUCUCUACCUUCCUGGAGCUGCUGGGGGAGCAGGUGCUUUUAAAAGGGUUCACCAAAUACGCCGCCCAGCUCGACACAAAGACGGACUCCACGGGCACCCACUCCCUGUACACCACCUACCAGGGCUAUGAGGUCAUGUUCCACGUGUCCACCAUGCUGCCGUAUAUGCCCAACAACCCACAGCAGCUCCUAAGAAAGAGGCACAUAGGGAACGACAUCGUCACCAUAAUCUUUCAGGAGCCAGGAGCGUUACCAUUUACGCCUCAGAAUAUCCGUUCACACUUCCAGCACGUCUUCGUUAUUGUGCGUGUGCACAACCCCUGCUCUGAAAACACCUGUUACAGUGUUGCUGUGACUAGGAUGAAGGAUGUGCCCCCGUUUGGCCCAUCCAUUCCCAACAGUGUCACCUUCCGUGACCCAGAAACCUUCCGUAACUUCCUUCUAGCUAAAGUUAUCAAUGCAGAGAAUGCAGCACACAAGUCGGAGAAGUUCCACACCAUGGCGACAAGAACGCGGCAGGAGUACCUGCGUGACCUGGCUGAGAACUAUGUCAGCAGCACACCGCUCGACUCAGCUGGGAAACUUAACAACCUUAUCUCACUUGCAUCUAAAAAACGUGAGCGGUCGAAGCCGAGAGAAGGAGCCGAGCUGGGAGCCGCAGGGGCCGUGGCCUGGAGGGCCCAGGCCCAGGACUUUAGCGGAGGUGCGACGGAGCUGCCCUGUGCCAUGGGUUUGUCGGCUGAAUACGUCCUCCUGACAGACUGUUCCACCAAAGAGGUGGUGUUUAACUGUUUCUGUGCGGACGUGAUCGGCUGGACGCCGGAGCGUCUGUCACUAAAGAUCUUCUAUGGCAGAGGAGACCACAUCGCUGUGCAGGUACCAGAGGGCUGUGCGCAGGACAUCAGGGAAAUGGUGCAGAGGUUAAAGUCGUUGACAGUUGGAUGUGAAACGGUGGAUAUGACUCUGAGAAGAAACGGACUGGGACAACUGGGCUUCCAUGUUCGCUUGGACGGCACUGUGGCGGAGGUGGAGGAAUACGGCUUUGCCUGGCAGGCGGGACUGAGGCAGGGCAGUCGGUUGGUGGAGAUCUGCAAGGUGGCCGCAGUGACGCUGACUCACGAACAGAUGAUCGACCUGCUCAGGACAUCGGUCACCGUCAAAGUGGUUAUCAUCCCGCCGUACGAAGAGGGGGGACCUCGCAGGGGCUGCACAGAGGAGUACGAGAUGAAGACCAUGGAGCAGAAGUCAGAACCUGAGCCUCUGGCUGCAGGAUACCGACCCUCCCCUCGUCCGACGUGGCGAUGGGACAGCCCACCUAUCCCUUCGGGGCUCCACAGUACCUCGAACCCGCAGCGCUGGGCCCCCAUGGGCCACCCACCGCCUCCACUGCCCCGCACACACAAGACCCUGAUGCCUGUUCCUUACAGAGAGCCGCAGCACCUCAACUCCAAGAGGCCAGUGAGCUACCCAGAGAACCACUACACUCUGUCCCCUGCAGGAGGCGACAGAGUCCUGACCUACAGAAACCCCUCCGCCAGCUUCUCCUCGCCCUCCUCAGGCCUGAUCGGCCUCUCCACAAUGGGGCCACCUGGAAUCACACCAGGCCCAUUCGUGCGCUACAAACAUUCACCCGACAGAUAUGGAGCAGGACAGCGCCCCCUGCUGCCCUAUGAGCCCCACCUCAUCGUGGACAUCAACUCCAGUGGGGAGUCUUCCUCAGGCUUCACCAGUCAGGAGAGCACCAUGGAGCGCUGCAAAACAGAACCCCUCUGGCAUGUUCCGGUGUCAGUGUCUCGGGGACCAGGUGGUGGAGCCGGGCAGAGGAGAAUCACCAGACAGGACAUCCCAGGGAAAGACUCUCCAAACAGACACUCGAAGGGCGAGACUCAAUACUCCAGUCACUCCAGCAGCAACACUCUGUCCAGUAACGCCUCCAGCAGCCACAGCGACGAGCGCUGGUUCGACGGAGGACCUGGAGGCGAGCGAGGAGGAGGCGGGGGAUGCCUUGGCGACCUGGCAGACCCCGACCCUGACCUUCUCAACAAGGGAGGGUCCAACGACAGCGGGAUCGACGCCUCGACCCACUACGGCAACAACCGCCACGGAAACGUGCCCAACAACCAGCUCCUCAAGCCCAUGCACUGCUCCACGGCUUACGGCGGCAUCCAGGAGCUCUCUGUGGGAAGGAGCAGCGGCGGGGGAGAAGCAAGGAGACGAGAGUCUUCACCCAUCAGCGCGGCUGAAGCCAAUAAAGGGUACCGGACGAGGACAUUCCCACCUCCUGGCUCCAGUGCUGAGAAGAUGGAUGCUUUCAAACCCAGGGCCUACACGCCGCAGGGCUACAAGACUCCGACAGCGGAAAAGGCGCGGCAUGUCCGAGCCGCUACCACGACACCCACCUCCGCUCAGCUGAGCUCCAUCCCUCUGUCCAGCUCUGCCCCCAAAGCCUUAUACGGGAAGAGCCGACCAAACGCCUGGCAGAACGAAGACAGCAGCCCAUCGCCCGCAAACACGACUGCGGCGUCCAGCUCCGACAGCAGCAACAGCAAGAAGCAGGUGGACACAAAUUCAAAGAACGUGUUUGGACAACCUCGACUCCGAGCAUCCCUGAGGGACCUGCGCUCUCCACGGCGGACGUACAAGAGCACCAUCGAGGACGACCUCAAGAAACUGAUCAUCAUGGACAACCCGGGAGAGAUGCCCCAGAGAGAUCCAUCUCCCAGACGAACUUUGCAGCGCACGUUUUCAGACGAGUCACUGUGCAGCGGCCGCAGAGAUGCCAGCUUUGCCAACUCUGAGAACCAGACGACUCCGACUGACGUGCUGUUCACCUGCACUCUGCCAACACGCAGGCACGUCGUCACCUCCAACCACCUGCAGAGCAAGAAGGUGCCUCUGUCUGCGUCUGAACUGUCUCUCACUGAGGUCAGGGACAAAGUUCCCCCCCUGAGGAGGCUCGAUCCUGGGCUGAUGCCUCUCCCUGACACUGCCUGUGGACUUGAGUGGUCCAGCCUGGUCAUUGCUGCAAAAGCCUUCGAAGCACAAAAAGCGGUUUCCCUCUUCUCACUGACUGAGCCGCAGGUCGGAAGUCCUGACAUGAGACCAGUCAUAAGUCCUGUUCAGUUCCAAACUCCUCAGACGCCACGGACCACACCGACCUUCAGCAGUGACGAGGCCCCCGCUGAGUUGUCUGGUCGGCUCUACAACCUGGAGGUCAUGUUGAAACAGCUGAAUAACGACCUGGAGAGAGAGAAGAAGGAUAAAGUCGUCCUGAUGGCAGAGAUGGCCAACCUGAGAGAGAACAACCAGCGUUUGCAGGAGGAGAGUGUGACAGCCAGCGAGCAGCUGCGCAAGUUCAACAAGAUUUUCACCAACCCCAACAGCACAGGAAGUGACCACGAGGCUCACUCCUUAACGCACGACGCUGACUCAAAGAGGGAGUGAUCAACAGCUGCAGAAGAAGAAGAAGAAGAAGAAGAAGAAGAAGAAGAAGAAGAAGAAGAAGAAGAAGAAGAAGAAGAGUGUGAUUCAGGCCUGAGGGAGGGCAAGUGUGAGAGGAGUAUUCUUUCAGGAGGCGGAGGUCAGUUACCUCACUCAGCUUCCACUGGACUGCCUUAAACCAGAGAGAGUCCGAAAAAGACUAUUUUUGAAACGCUACACUCCCGGAAAGUCUCGCCGAGCAGAGACCCUCCCUCCCUUUUCUCUGAGCCUGUUUAUUUUUAUAAACUGAAGUCAAAGUCUUAUAUACUUUCUAUAUAUGUAUAAAUAUACUGAGUCUGCUACUAUGCCGGAGGAGUGAUGAGGAGAGGAGAACCUAACUGUUUUUGAGAACACUACAUCACCUGGAGAGGCCUAAUACUGUUCCUGCAGCGAAAUCCGCCAAAAAAAAAAAAAGACUCAUUACAGACUGCAUCUCCCAGAAUGCACUAGUAGUAAUGGAAGCUCUACAGACAUGGUACUGUAGAUAGAUGCCUGUGUGGUACAAUUCUCUUGUAUCAAUAUUAUCUAUAUUUUACUGAUAUUGCAUAACGGUUGUACUAAAGAGGUGUGUGUGUAUGUGUGUGCGUGAGAGAGAGAGAGAGAGAGAGCAACUGAUGGUACAGUGAAUAUUCUGAAGCAUUACUGCACAUCAAUGUUUGUGCUGAAGUCUUGAUUUGUUUUAUUACCCUUCAGUGUGUGUGUGUGUGUGUGUGUGUGUGUGUGUGAUGGUCUGUUAAAGAACAACUGAUUAAUGAACAAACAAGUUUACUGUAAAAUGAAACUUGUGGGCCACAGAAUUCUUCUUUCCUCCGUUUACGUGGACGAACCGUGGCCCACACAUGUGAAACAAGCCGUCAGAGAGUCGAGUGAGUGUGAUUGGUCGAUGUCAGAAACUCAGUGACACCCACACCAUAUCUCUGAUGAAGUGCGUUGUUCAGAAUCUCCAGUAGUGCCGUAUCAUCUCAGAUCUCAACGUACUGGAUGAUUCUUUUAACCCCAGAACCUUUAGCUGAGACUUUAAGACUUUUUUCUCUUGUUUAAAACAAUACACUUAUUUUCUGUCUUGCAGAUAAAAAAAGAUUGAUGCCACUAUCACUUUAGUCAGGCCUGGUUGCCUGGCAACUGGUGUUACACAGAAUUAUGUGAUUUAAGCAACUUUUUUAACGUAAUAUUUUAUUGUAUACUUGGUUUUAAAUAGCUGUGACCAAUCAUGGCAUCCUCACUGUAUUUAUAAAAACAAACAAGAUGUUAAUUGGCGAGCUUUAGAAAUGCUUAUUGGUGGAUUUUGUUCAAUCUUAUAAUGCUUAAAUAUCAGUAUAAUAAAUUAUAGAAAUGUUAAAUGUGUUCGCAAACAAAAACAAUCAUUCUUUUCAUUAAGUUAUGCUGUGGGAUACAAAUUGAGCCCCAUCUUAUAGCCUGUAUUUGUUUACAUUUUGGACUUUGCUGUUGUUAGUUCCUGUUCAUGCUGUGAACAAAACAAAUACAUUACUUUGAUGUAGAAAACUCAAAAACGUGAUGAAGCUCUCGACUCUUUGCUGUAUUUUCUAAGAAGGUUAUUGGAUGUUUACCCUCAGUAUCCUCGGAAAGUCCCGUUGAAAACAUGUGUAUCGUGUCUGCAUGUUGAAAUUUGACUGAGUUAUAACAAACUAAUUGUGUUGACAAAAAGGGGCAAAACUUAAUAACCAAACAAGGUAGUGGACAAACAUGAGUGGCAUCAAUCGUGAAACUUAAGAAAACGAAUAAGUGUAUUUCUCAUAACGUCUAAACUCUUCCUGUAACUGCGUCUCUGUGUGUGUGUGUGUGUGUGUGUGUGUGUGUGUGUGUGUGUGUGUGUGUGUGUGUGUGUGUGUGUGUGUGUGUGUGUGUGUGUGUGUGUGUGUGUGUGUGUGUGUGCUCAUCAGAAUGAAGCGACGUUACCAGUCAUGUGUGUUGAUAGAAAAACAUUUACUGUACAUGAAAGUUCACUGGACAACACUGACGCUCCUUCAUAUCAGAACCUGUGUGUGUGUGAGUGAGAGGAUUCGUCCACGUGUUCUGAACACAAGACACUUAUUUAUACAGCGAGCUGGCUUAAGGAUAUUGUCUACUAUAUCUAUUUUUCAUACAGAACUGUGUGUGUGUGAGUGGAUGCUGGUACUGAAUGGACGACACAUCCCUGCAGAGGAAGAUUCUUCCCGUCUCACUUCAUUAAUUGACUGAUGAAACUGUUCUGAACUCUCAGCCCAGAUGAGCAGUAACAUUUUUUCCUCCCUGGUCUGACUGGAUCUGUUUGUUUUGAACUUUCCAACUCGCUCAGGUUUCUCAAUAUGCUGUUAACAAUGACGCUACACCAUCAGUGAGGGGCGGGUGAUGUACUGUGAGACUAUCAGAGAUUUUCCCUUUAAUAUUUCUGGGUGUAUUGGUUCAUUGUAGGUAAAUCGAGGUUGUAAUUCAUUUGCUGGAUUCGUUUAAAACAGAUAAAACAGUUUCUCAACAGAUUUCACAACAUGUUUAUUAUGUCAAUAUCAAAAAAUGGCAUAUGCAGUGAUAAAGGAUUUAUAUCUGUUUACCCCCCCACUCUCUCUCAAAAUACUUUUCUUUCACUGACACAAAAGAGAGGCAGUUGACUGUAAGAGAGGUUAUGUUUUCAUAUGUUUGUUUGUCUGUUGGUUAGCAGCAUAAAACAAAAACUACUGUGUGGAUAACCAUGAAACUUGGUGGAACAAUGUGGCAUGGGUCCAGAUCAGGGGGCAGUAUCCACUUUCUUUGACAUUGUGAGACGGGGCCUUUUUCAACAUUGCCGUUGAUUUCUCCGAGAAUCAUUUGCGAAUAUUGAUGAAAACGAUUCAGACUUAUUUAGGGGAUAGACAUCGAUCAGUGUUUGUGAGAUCCACAUACAAAUUUGGAUCAAGUGGAUUUAAACGGUUUCAUAGGGCGUGGAGCCUUUUCCAGUUGCUGUAUAUUAACAAAUAGGACUUAAAACCUGUAACUGUCACCAAAGUGUAGCUGAGGAAUCUAAUGUGGCUUCAGCUUUAAGGCUUGUUUGCAUUUGAGGGGACACGAGGUGUGAGCUCUAUGGAGGCUCGUUCUGGUUUUCUCCUGCCUCUCUUCAGCUCUUAAAACUAACAAAAGCCGACCUCUGCAAAGGCCGACUGUCUCUUUGAGUUCAAUCAACCUGCAUCAAAUUCCAAACACUCGUAGAGUCCCAUGAAAAUACCAGAUUGUUCAGAAAUUCACGAAAAUAUCAAAAACAAUAGUGAAAUAAAUCCCUAUUCACUCCUGGAUCCACCAGCCUCUAUCAAAUCCUCUCCAACAGGUUAAUGGAUUUUUCUUUGGCCCAACUCCCACCAAGUUUCAAUAGGAUCAGUUCAGUAGUUUUUGCAUAAUCCUGCAAACAGGUUACAAACGAAAAAACAAGAUACUGCUUCAGUGUCACCAGCUUGUCAUCCUGCUGCGACCAGCUUCAAGUCGAGAGGUUUUCAUCUGAGUAACUUUGAGACCAGUAACAUUUAUACAUGAACCUCCUUUACCAGUCUGCCAUUAACAAUCUCAGUCUCUCAUGUGGCUCCUCGGAAAACUAGUUCCAGGUUUGACGUUGUUGCUGAGGUUCAAUUCAGUGACACACUCCUCCUCCUUCUCUCACGCAGCUUCGCAGGUGUCGCUGUGAUUUUAGUCUUAAUCUUUACUUUGCUUAUGUAAAAGGGGCAAGGUUUCUUUUUUAUACAUAUAUAUAUAUACAUUUUGUUCAUGUUCUGUAUAAUUUUAAGCUAUUUAUAGCAUACACAACACACCCUGUUGAACAAAUCAAUAAUGCAUUAUUAAGGUUAAUGGUUAAUAUUGUAUAACUACGUUUGUUUUUAGAUGUUAAAUAUUUUGAUAAUUUAUUUUUUAACACGUUGGCCACUGUCAGACGAUAGUGAACACGAGAGGGUACUGUGUGUGUGUUUUAUUUUGACGUUUUACUUCUGAUUCCUGUACAAAGUUGAUUUGUAUGAUUCUUCCGGGGUUUUUUUCUGACGUCAUCUUUUCUUUGUGCGUCUCUCGUGUGGCGGCAGCACGCGACGCACAGACAAAACCUUUGUUUUCUUUGGGUUGUAAUAAUGACUUGUACAUUUAAAAGUGUAAAUUAUGUUUUCAUUAUUUUAUAAAAAAUAUAUUAAAAACAACGAUCAGAUCA